UAAAAUGUCAAGUCCUUACCGUUGACCGGUCAAUCAGGUAACCAGACCCACACACCAAAACAAUUGCAAACCACAGUAGUGUAGUGGACGCCCUAAGGUACAGCUUGCCCUGCUCUCUCUCUCUCUCUCUGUCUCUCUAAUCUCUGUACAAUCCCAAUUCGACUCCCAUUAUUUUCCGGCCGAAUUUGGGUUUCAGAAGUGGGCAGGUGGAUUUGGAUUCAUUUCUGUUCUGUGGUUGUGUAUGUAUGGGUGGCAAUGGCAAGUUCCGGUGGAAAUUCUCCUUCCACCACCGUCGUUCUUCUUCCAAUUCGACGAUGGAAUCGCGGGAGCCUCCUAAGGAGUUUCUUUGCCCAGUUUCUGGUUCGUUAAUGGCGGACCCGGUUGUUGUCUCUUCUGGCCAGACCUUCGAGCGUGUUUCUGCGCAGGUUUGCAUAAACUUCGGGUUCUCCCCUGUGUUAGAGGACGGGUCGAGGCCCGAUUUCACCACCGUGAUUCCGAAUUUAGCUAUUAAAAAUACGAUUCUCAAUUGGUGUAAGGAAUCCGGUGCGAGGAAUCCUCUGGCGCCCGAUUAUAGCUCCGUAGAGAGGAUUGUUGGCGCAUUGAUGGAGAAGGAAGAGCCCCACCCCGGAAUUAGGGGUUCGUCUGAUAGGGAAUUGUUGGAGGGGGUAUCGGAUUUGCCGCCGGUGAAUUUCUCGCACGCCGCGACGGAGGUGGGCCACCGCCCCAAUCACUUCUACACGAGCUCGUCGGAGGAAUCGGUAAUCGUCGGAGGAAGUCCCGGAACUCCUCUGCCCUUUACCACUCGACCUGCUUGUUAUUCCUCUUCGUCUUCUUCCUCUGAAAUUGUGGAAAACGAGGCGCUCAUCCAAACCCUAGCCCCUAAUUCAUCGAUCUCCGAAGAAGAGGAGGAAUUAUUGUCGAAGCUCAAGAGUCCUGAAGUGUUUAAGCAAGAAGAAGGUGUUAUUUCGCUGAGAAAGAUUACGAAAGCCGACGAGAAAAUUAGGGUUUCGCUUUGCACGCCUCGGAUUCUUUUUGCCCUCCGCCUCUUGAUAACAUCGAGAUACUCCACCGUACAAAUCAACGCCGUCGCCUCUCUGGUGAAUCUCUCCCUCGAAAAGCGCAACAAAGUGAAGAUCGUGCGGUCAGGAUUGGUUCCGAACUUAAUCGACGUGCUAAAAGGGGGACAUACCGAGUCGCAAGAACACGCCGCCGGCGCGCUCUUCAGCCUGGCGUUGGAGGACGAAAAUCGGAUGGCGAUCGGAGUCCUCGGCGCGCUUCAGCCGCUCCUCUACGCGCUCCGAUCGGAAAGCGAGCGGACUCGAGACGAUUCCGCUCUGUGUCUGUACAACCUAACAAUGAUCCAGAGCAACCGAGUGAAGCUCGUGAAACUCGGCGCCGCGACAACUCUACUUUCCAUGGUGAAAUCGGGAAACUCGGUGGACCGGCUGCUGCUGAUUCUCUGCAACAUCGCCGUGUGCCCGGAGGGGAGGUCGGCAAUGCUGGACGCCGACGCCGUCGGGUGCUUGGUGGAGAUGCUGAGGACGAAGGAGGUGAACUCCGAGUCGACUCGCGAGAACUGCGUGGCGGCAUUGUACGCGCUCAGCUUCGGAAGUAUGAGAUUCAGAGGACUGGCGAAAGAAGCUAGGGCAAUGGAGGUGCUGCGAGAGAUUGUGGACGGAGGAAGCGAGAGGGCGAGGGAGAAGGCGAAGAUGAUUUUGCAGAGGAUGAAGGGAAGAUUCGACGGAGACGAUGAAGAAGAAGACGAGAGCGGGGGGGAUUCGAGUUCUGACUGGGGUGGACUCACUCGAACUCGGUACCGAAUCGGCGGUGGAAGAAAUCCCAGCUCAGCUAAUACGAUGCCGUUUUGAUUUCUUCUUCCUUCUUCGGUCUGUUUUUUCGGCUUUUGAUUAUUGGCUUUGUUCCUGUUUGUAAACAUGUAAUUAAUGGCUUCCAAAACCAUAAAGUAAAAUUUAUAGAUUGUGAAUUUAUUUUUUUUA